AUGAUCACUCGUGGCGAUGCCGCAGAGGACGGCGAUUAUCACGUGUUCUUCCAAGACAGUAGCGACUCAAACUAUCGCAAACAGUGGUGGUAUCUCAUCCUCUCCCUCUUUUGGAACACCCAGUUUAUUCUGGCCUUUGAACAAAUGGUGCUUGCUGGCACCAUUGCCACUUGGUACGUGCCCGAAGCGCCAAAUACCCUCUCCAUUUUGCGUUCCACUUACCGCACUCUGCGCUAUCACAUUGGAUCCCUGGCCUUUGGCUCGCUCAUCAUCGCCAUCAUCCAGUUCAUCCGGGCUAUCCUGUAUUACAUCAAGGAGAAGACCGAGGACCGUACCGGUCCAAUUGUCACCUGCAUUUUGCGCUGCUGCAUGUGCUGCUUCUGGUGCCUGGAAAAGUUUUUGUCCUUCAUCAACAAGAACGCCUACAUCGAGAUUGCUAUCUCCGGAUACAGCUUCUGUGGCGCUGCUGCACGGGCCUUCCGAGUGCUGGGAGCAAACUUGCUGCGCGUUGUCACCUUGAACACGGUGACUUCGGUCAUCAUUUUCGUGUGCAAGCUGGUCAUUGUCUGUGCCACUGGUAUCUUCACCUACCUCUACAUUCAGCAGGACGGCAACAUGGAGAACGAGCUCAACUACUGGGGUGCUGUGGUCUUUGCCAGCUGUGUCAUUGCCUUCUUCAUUGCUGACGAGUUCCUGACCGUCUAUGACAUGGCCAUCGACACCAUCUUCCUCUGCUGGGCUGAGGACUGCGAUCGUAACAAGCCCGGCUCCUACUUUAUGAGUGAUAAUCUCAUGCGCUUCAUGGGCUCCAACAAUGCCAAGAACCCCAAUGAAGAGCGUUCCGUUGACAAGGUCGAGAUGAUGGACAAGUAGAGUCUCCUGUCAUUGCUUUUGACCCACUUGCUUGAUUUAUUUUCGUUUUUACCUGUCCUUGCUUUGUUUGGUGAAUGAUGUGAUGGCUUGAUCCUUCAUUUGCCCACGUGUGUCGAGUUGAAGGAGCGCGACCCUGUGGGGCUGUACGCCAAUUUCUGCCUCCUCGCUUGUAUGUGUGAGCGAGUGUGCAUGUGAAUACAAGCGUGUGACUUGUGUCUGUACCACCGCAUAAUGAAUUCAUUCUUGUCCUUGA